AUGACUUUUGCAUUCAUACUGAGCUUAGUUUAUAAUAUUUUGAUUCAUCCCUCUAUCCAUUCAUUGAUCCAUUCAUUCAUAAAUUCAUUCACUCGUUCACUCGUUCACUCAUUCACUCGUUCACUCGUUCACUCGUUCACUCAUUCACUCAUUCACUCAUUCACUCAUUCACUCAUUCACUCAUUCACUCAUUCACUCAUUCACUCAUUCACUCAUUCACUCAUUCACUCAUUCACUCAUUCACUCGUUCACUCAUUCACUCGUUCACUCAUUCACUCAUUCACUCAUUCACUCGUUCACUCAUUCACUCAUUCACUCAUUCACUCAUUCACUCAUUCACUCAUUCACUCAUUCACUCAUUCACUCGUUCACUCGUUCACUCGUUCACUCAUUCACUCAUUCACUCAUUCACUCAUUCACUCAUUCACUCAUUCACUCAUUCACUCAUUCACUCAUUCACUCAUUCACUCAUUCACUCAUUCACUCAUUCACUCAUUCACUCAUUCACUCGUUCACUCGUUCACUCAUUCACUCAUUCACUCAUUCACUCAUUCACUCAUUCACUCAUUCACUCAUUCACUCAUUCACUCAUUCACUCAUUCACUCAUUCACUCAUUCACUCAUUCACUCAUUCACUCAUUCACUCAUUCACUCAUUCACUCAUUCACUCAUUCACUCAUUCACUCAUUCACUCAUUCACUCAUUCACUCAUUCACUCAUUCACUCAUUCACUCAUUCACUCAUUCACUCGUUCACUCAUUCACUCAUUCACUCAUUCACUCGUUCACUCAUUCACUCAUUCACUCAUUCACUCAUUCACUCAUUCACUCAUUCACUCAUUCACUCAUUCACUCGUUCACUCAUUCACUCAUUCACUCAUUCACUCAUUCACUCAUUCACUCAUUCACUCAUUCAUUCACUCAUUCACUCAUUCACUCAUUCACUCAUUCACUCGUUCACUCGUUCACUCGUUCACUCAUUCACUCAUUCACUCAUUCACUCAUUCACUCAUUCACUCAUUCACUCAUUCACUCGUUCACUCAUUCACUCAUUCACUCAUUCACUCAUUCACUCAUUCACUCAUUCACUCAUUCACUCAUUCACUCAUUCACUCGUUCACUCAUUCACUCAUUCACUCAUUCACUCAUUCACUCAUUCACUCAUUCACUCAUUCACUCAUUCACUCAUUCACUCAUUCACUCAUUCACUCAUUCACUCAUUCACUCAUUCACUCAUUCACUCAUUCACUCAUUCACUCAUUUCCUCAUUCACUCAUUCACUCAUUCACUCAUUCACUCAUUCACUCAUUCACUCAUUCACAUUCAUUCACUCAUUCAUUCAUUUCAUUCACUCAUUCACUCAUUCACUCAUUCACUCAUUCACUCAUUCACUCAUUCACUCAUUCACUCAGUCACACAUUCAUUCAUUCACUCAUUCACUCAUUCACUCAUUCACUCAUUCACUCGCUCACUCAUUCACUCACUCACUCAUUCACUCACUCACUCAUUCACUCAUUCACUCAUUCACUCAUUCAUUCACUCAUUCACUCACUCAUUCACUCAUUCACUCAUUCACUCAUUCUCAUUCAUUCACUCAUUCACUCAUUCACUCAUUCACUCAUUCACUCAUUCACUCGUUCACUCGUUCACUCAUUCACUCGUUCACUCAUUAACUCGUUCACUCAUUCACUCGUUCACUCAUUCACUCGUUCACUCAUUCACUCGUUCACUCAUUCACUCAUUCACUCAUUCACUCAUUCACUCGGUAUCCGGACAACUCGCCCCCUGGACAAUUAGCCCCAGACGACUAGCCCACAGUCUCUGGACGAUUAGCCUCCAGUAUUUGGACGAUUAGCCUCCAGUCUCUGGAUUAUUAGCCCCCAACCCACCAACCUUGAAAUAAAUUAUGUUCUUGCCCUUUACUUUUUACGAACGUUUCCCUAUCAUAUAUUAUGAAAUAAACAAUGUUCUUGUUAUUUGCUUUUUACGAACAUUUCUCUGCCAUGCGUGUAAAAUUAUAAAGUAAACUACGUUCUUGCUGUCUUGUUGUUUGCUUGUUAUGAACGUUUCUCUGCCGUGCGUAUCGAAUUAUAAAGUGAACUGUGUUCUUUCUGUUUAUAUAUUCUACAAAAAUGAACUGUGUUCUUUCUGUUUACAUACUUUACGAAUGUUUCUCCGUCAUGUUGUUUAAAUAGGAAAGGAAAGAAACCAGGGACGAAACUUCGAAACUUUAACUUAUUGGCGACUACUUGUUAAUGUCAAUUGGUGUUUAUUUAAAUGUUAAUAAAGAUAGACAUUCACAAAAAAAAGGGCUCCUUUAGGAGCCACAAACUCAUAAAAGUCAAUGACCAACAGAUGAACGUAACUUCUCCUUUACAUAAACUAAGACUGGGGGUUAAUCGUCCAGGGACUGGGGGCUAAUUGUCCAAAGACUGGGGGCUAAUCGUCCAGAGACUGGGGGCUAAUCGUCUCGGGCUAAUUGUCCAGGGGGCGAGUUGUCUGACAUUCAUUCACUCAUUCACUCAUUCACUCAUUCACUCAUUCACUCAUUCACUCGUUCACUCGUUCACUCGUUCACUCAUUCACUCAUUCACUCAUUCACUCAUUCACUCAUUCACUCAUUCACUCAUUCACUCAUUCAAUCAUUCACUCAUUCACUCAUUCACUCAUUCACUCAUUCACUCAUUCACUCAUUCACUCAUUCACUCAUUCACUCAUUCACGUUCACUCAUUCAUUCACAUUCGUUCACAUUCAUUCACUCGUUCACUCAUUCACUCGUUCACUCAUUCACUCUCAUUCACUCAUUCAUUCACUCGUUCACUCAUUCACUCGCUCAUUCACUCAUUCACUCAUUCACUCAUUCACUCAUUCACUCAUUCACUCAUUCACUCAUUCACUCAUUCACUCAUUCACUCAUUCACUCAUUCACUCAUUCACUCAUUCACUCAUUCACUCAUUCACUCAUUCACUCAUUCACUCAUUCACUCAUUCACUCGUUCACUCAUUCACUCAUUAAUCCAAAUAUCUAUUAA